AAUUUAUUAAUUCUGCUGAAACAUGGAAGGUGUUGGUAGAUGAAUGGAUUAACAUGACUAAUGAUGGUGAAAUAGAACAAAUUGCUUCGUUAGAUGAUUCACAUCCAGCAGAAAAUAAAAAGGCCAAGUGGGCUUUGGCAGAUUUAUCAAUAGAUCAAUGGACCACCAAUGGACCAAUGGAUCGUCAAAAUGACCUAGAAAAAUUUGAUAAAGCCAGGGAACUUAAGAAACAUCUAGAAAAAAUUCGCCAUGAUUACAUAAAGGAUUUAAAAGAUAAACUCAAGUCAGUUCGUCAAC